AUGUCAGUCAAGUCUAAUGUUGAAAAAGGUGGAGGUGUUAUCACUUUCGAUAUACCUUUACAGAAUCCCGAAAAUAAUGUAGUAUUUGUACCAAAUCUCCUACAAGGCUUUCAACAAGAAGCCUCUGCCAAUGAAAAUAUGGAUCUGGAUAGUUUGGAACCGAGCCCUUCCGAUGACAUUAACACGAAAACUUUUGAAGAAUAUAUUAUCGCAGAAACAGAGCGAUAUUUGACUAAUCUUCAAAACAACACAACACCAGCGAACUCCGAAUUCUAUGCAGUUUCCCGUCCAAACGCGUCUCAAGAGUACUUUGGUGCAGCUACUUUUAAAGUGCCCGAACAAUUUAUAACAUUAUUCAAGCCUGCAACGCCAAUCGGCUCCCCUGAUAAACCACCGAAAAAGAGACAAGCUGGACCUGGAAGACCUCGAAAAAAUUUACCACAAGAACCCAAGAAAAUUACAAGUACACCUAGGGAACGAAAAAAAGAUUCGGUGGCGGCGGCAGUUUCGGAAACUUCCACGGAACCUCGUAAAAUACAAAGAAAGAGGAAAGCUGGUAUUGUUUCCAGUGACUCCAAAGAAACAAAACCAAGGAAACGUGCAACAAAGGCAAAAGUACAAGAAGAAGAAACAAAAAUUGAGAAUAAUAAAAAAUAUGAUUCAAGCAAGAACGGAAAUGAGAAAUUUACUGAAGAGCAACGAAAUGCUGAUAUUUUAAAAAAUAAAAUCAAUAAUAAAAAUAAUACAAAUAAUGCAAAGAAGGAUAAUCAAAAUGAAAAUGGCCAGGAUACAAAAUAUUCAUCUAGCGAUGGAACUGCACUUCGUCAAGCUAUAGAAGAACAAUUUGAAAGUUGUUUCUCCUCAAGUUCGCUCACUACUUCAUUUUCAUCAACGCCAGAAGAAGGAUCACCGAUCGAUACUCCCACUCCAUCUCGGCCUUCAACUCCUAACAAGAGACCAACCAUUGCUGCCAUCACCAACACCGAUCUACUCUUUAGACUUUGGCAAGCAAGUGGUCAAGCAGCUCUAGAAUCUUCGAAAGUUUGUCUUGUAAAUGGAACAGCGACUGGAAUUGGAUCAUAUACUGUUCUCGAUGGAAAAACGGUUGAAGCAUCAGAUAUUGGAAAUAACUUUUUCUUGGAUGCAGAAAGCAUUGAAGCAUCUAGAGCCGAACGAGUUGCUAUUCUCUUGCAAGAAUUGAAUGAUGAUGCUAAAGUGAUUACCACUGACCUCCAUGAAAAACCACUACUUAAGCUAUCCGACAUAUUAUGGAACGCCAAAAUACCAUUGGUAGUUGUUCGUAUUGUGGGAUUUAUUGGGUACAUACGCGUGGUAUUGCCUGAACAUACAGUCGUCGAAACUCACCCGGAGAAUAUUUCCGAUCUUCGACUUGACACUCCAUUUCCUGCUUUACUCGAAUAUGCCAAAAGCUUUGAUUUUGAAAAAUUGGAAAGUCUUGAACAUAGUCAUAUUCCUUUUGUGGUGAUUUUGUUGAAGUAUUUGGAUCAGUGGCGAAAUGAGCAUGGAAAUAAACUACCUAGCACAUCAGCUGAGAAGAAUGCAUUCAAGCAAGCAAUAACAAGUGGUAAACGCGUUCCAGACGAGGAGAAUUUCGAUGAAGCAUUAGCCGGUGUAUGGAAAGCAUGUUCUGUGACAAAAAUUCCUUCUGAGGUUGAGAGAAUCUAUAAUGAUGCUGCGUGCUCAAAUAUUACUUUCGAAUCUUCUAGUUUUUGGAUUAUUGCUCGUGCAAUUCGUGACUUUGUGGAGAAUGAAGGUCAUGGAUUAUUACCAUUGGCUGGAAGUUUGCCGGAUAUGAAAGCUGACACACAGAGCUAUGUUGCAUUGCAAAACAUCUAUCGCCAAAAAGCUAAAGAAGAUAUUGCAUUAGUCCGUGCCCAUGUUCAUAAAAUCCUGUCAUCAAUAGGAAGACCGAUUGACUUUAUCUCUAAUCAGGAAAUCGAAAGUUUCUGCAAGCACGCAGCAUUUAUUAAAGUGAUUCGCUAUCGAUCGCUACAAGAAGAAUACAUAAAUAAUCCAAAAAAAUCCGAGAUUGCACGAUGGAUACGUGAUCCUGAUGACAAUAUUGUUCAUUAUUUAUUAAUCCGUGCAAUUGAUCAGUUCUAUGAAAAAUAUCAGCGUUAUCCAGAUGCUGCGACAUUGGACGAGGAGGAUGGAGGUAACGAAUCAGAGUUUAUUAAUUUUAAAUCGACAGUUAGUAAUUUAUUCAACGAGUAUGGUAUCAAAGAAAUACCCACUCAUGUUGAUGACUUUAUACAUGAAACAUGUCGUGCUGGAGGUUCUGAAAUACCAAAUAUCGCAUCACUCUUGGGUGGUCUCGUGUCUCAAGAAGUCAUAAAGCUAAUUACACAACAAUAUAUUCCAAUUGAUAAUACAACCGUAUUUCAAGGGAUAAGAUCUACUUCUACUACGUAUUCUCUGUAG